UGCUGACUCUCUGUAAACCGCUUAGAGAGGCCUGAAAGGCCUAUGAAGCGGUAUAUAAGUCUACUGCUAUUGGUUUAAACCAAAUUAAAAGUCAUUGCCGCUGUCUCCCAAUUACAUUUUCUUCCUUCCCUAGCAUUUUUCCUGCAGAUAUAGGGUUCACUUUUUCUCUCCCGAUCAACCAAAUGUUGAACCCUUGGCUGCGGUAGGGAGGGAUUAAGCGUCUGGUUUGUCCCCGAGUCUGAUGUCCUGGACUGAGAGAGGAAUGGUUUUUUUAUUGUUAAAGCCGGACUACCGCCCACAGAUUCGAGGAGCUCACAAUGAACUAGUUUGUAGCAAGAUGUCUUAACCAAAUCGGCUCUUCCUCCCAAAUUCUUCAGAUUCGAACUUUAUAACAAGGAAUUACUGUUCAGUCCUAUGUCUUUCAAGGACAUGAUAUAUUCAACUAUCAAUGCAAAACCAGAAGGCUCGCGAGAUUAUUACGAGAGAGAGGGGGGGGAAGUCUCGCGAGUUUUUGUUGAUUGCGUUUGGAAAAGGAACAAACCGAACUCUCUAGCUUAGAGAUAGGCUCAUUGCUUCUGACUUCAGCGCAGUGGCGCACGCGCAGUUGUACUGGCUGCGCCGGCCGUCUCCCUUCUGUCUCUUUCUGUGCGCGCGCGAGUAAGAGUAAAGCGAACGUAGAGGACAACGGAGACUAUUUGGCAAUUGCUCCUUCUCAUCCCUUACUCGUUUUCCAGGAUACGGAGCGAACCGACGAGCCGAGGGCAGCAUAAGAAGCGGUGGAGCACGAAGCGUUCGGGCACGGCCUUGAGGAAUCGUUGAGGCAUAAGUACCGAGAGUGAGGCCUAACACGGGCCCCAGCCGGGAAAUGGGACCGGUUUGUGUCACGCGAAGAGGAACCCGCCAUCCCUGGUUUUAGGAGCUCGUGGAAGCGACACCUGACGGUCCCAGCCGAAGGAACUAUUCUUCUAUAGGCCGGCAGGAGGGACUAGUCUUACAGAGUCGAACCUGGCAAGGGGCCCCAAUGGCGACUGCUUCUUUCUCUUCCACCUCUUGGGCGCCUUGACGGAUUCUUGUUUGCCGGAGAGAGAUACCGAUGCCGAGUACCUCAGAGGCGGCGACGUUCGGAGGGGGGAGCGGUGUCCGGGCCUGGGUCGGCGGCUCCGAAUCACCAGUGGCAGAAAAAAAGCGUUUGCAUCACCGGCGGCGGAAGCGCUACGCUUCGGCGCAGCCGCCCCCGCCUUCAUUGCCUCCGUCACCUGUGGCGGGCCCGCCGGCACCUUCCCUGCUGUUCCCGCUGCUGCAGCCCUCGCUCCUGCAGCCGCCGCUGCCGCCGCAGUCUCUCCUGUUCCUGGCGGCCACUGGCGGCGCCGCCUCCUCCUGCUGUGGGGAAGGGGGGGAGCGGAAGCGACCGCGAGGCAAGCGGCGAUCAGGGAUUCGGGGCAAACGGCGGCGCGGCAGAUCAGGGGGUGCAGGUGGAGGUAGCUCAGGGGCGGCCCUCGCAGCCUCGGAGCGACGCGGGACUGGGGCGGGCUUGGGGCCACUGGUAGAGGCGGCGGCCGAAGAAUACGACGACGUAAGCUCCCAGUCGGAGGGACCGGUGGGAGGCGGGACGGCCGGGGUAGGGAGCGGCGGCGGGAGUCCGGCGUCCUCCGGUGGCGGCGGGGGCAACCAGCAACGCUCAAGCCGCGGUGAGGCGGAUCGGAGCAUCCGGCGACCGCGCAGGGAACACCGCAGCAACAGUGGGCGUCGCUCUCGGGAGCGGCACCGGGAACACCGUAGGCGGGGGGCGGACAAGGUGUCGUUACAGCAGGAGGGGGUGGCCGCGGCUGCCAGGGGGGGAGCCGAGGCAUCCUCUUCUUCCUCUAAAUCUCGCAGCCGCCACAAUCACAGCGGUGGCCAGGACCGAGAUGGUUCCCGGGGCGGCGGCGGCGGCAGCGACGGCCGCAGGAAGGGCUCAGCUGCGUCGCCCAGUAGCAGUCGGAAAGACCGGGAAAAUAAAAGCCACCGGAACCGGACGAAAGCAGGCAAAGAGCCUCCCUCAGCUUACAAGGAACCGCCUAAAGCCUACCGGGAGGAUAAGACAGAACCCAGGGCCUACAGGCGUCAACGGUCGUCACUCAGCCCUUAUCGAGAUGACAGCCCAAUUAGUCACAGAGCUUCACAAAGCCAACGGAACCGCAAGUCCCCCAGUCCCCGUUCUUCUCUUAGCCCUUAUUGGCGUCGGUCACCCAGCUACGGCCGGCACAGUUCUUUCGAGUGUGGUGGGGAUGUAUCACUGAGUCCUUACAGACGUCGCUCACGCAGCCCUUAUAGCCCAGCCAUCAGGAAGACAACUACAGUAGAAUCUCUGACAAAAACAAAAGUUUCUGUUCAAGAAACUAAAGUGGAAAACAAUGUGAUUGUAGAGAAAGUAGUUAAACAAAAUGUUUUAUCAGCAAAAGAAAAUAAAUCAACCCUUAUGAAACCAACAACACAACCUGUUGUAGUGAAAGAGAAGAAUAAGCCUCAUAUCCUAACUGCAACAUCUAAGGAGAAAGACUGUAGUGUUGCACCAAUCACUUCCACUCUGCCACCCCUGCCUCUUCCUCCUGUGCUGCCUGAAGAUAAAGAUACAGAUUGUUUGCAAGGUAACAUUUCAGUAAAAGCAGUAAAAAAAGAAGUGGAAAAGAAAUUAUGCCAUUUGCUUGCAGACUUGCCAUUGCCACCUGAGUUUCCUGGAAGAGAUGAUAUAUCUCAAAGCCCCGAAGAGAAAAAGAUUCUAGUGCAAUCACAUCAUAAAAAGAGACCAAAGAUAUGUAGACCACGUCAUGGUGAAACAAAGCAGAAAGAAAUUGACUAGGGGAAACAGUGUGUGGAUAAGUUUGAUAUCAUUGGCAUUAUUGGAGAAGGCACAUAUGGGCAAGUUUACAAAGCAAGAGAUAAAGAUACAGGGGAAAUGGUGGCAUUAAAGAAAGUACAGUUGGAUAAUGAGAAAGAAGGUUUUCCUAUUACAGCUAUUAGGGAAAUAAAGAUUCUUCGACAACUAAAUCAUCAAAGUAUAAUCAACAUGAAAGAAAUAGUGACAGAUAAGGUAGAUGCUUGGGAUUUCAAGAAAGAUAAAGGUGCUUUCUACCUUGUAUUUGAAUAUAUGGAUCAUGAUCUCAUGGGGCUUCUGGAAUCUGGCUUGGUUCAUUUUGAUGAAAGUCAUAUUAAAUCUUUCAUGAGACAGUUGAUGGAAGGCUUGGAUUAUUGCCAUAAGAAGAAUUUCUUACAUCGAGAUAUAAAAUGUUCUAACAUCUUACUAAACAACAGGGGGCAGAUCAAGCUUGCAGAUUUUGGUCUUGCUCGCCUGUACAGCUCUGAAGAGAGUCGACCAUAUACCAACAAAGUUAUCACUUUAUGGUACCGUUCCCCUGAACUUCUGCUAGGAGAGGAACAAUAUACACCUGCCAUUGAUGUCUGGAGCUGUGGGUAA